AUGCCGCCUCGCCGGUCUCACAAAAAGUCGCGUGCUGGAUGCCGCAGGUGUAAGAACCGAAAGAUCAAGUGCGAUGAAGUACAUCCGCGAUGCGGCAACUGCGUCAAGCACGGCGUCAUGUGCGAUUUCGAGAACCCUGAAAUCAUAGACGAACUCGCUACCGCCGCCACGCCAGCCGCGCCCAGCCCUCCAGUACCCUCGCCGGGAAGUCUGCAGACCAAUAGCCACAGCAACGGCCACGCCGUCAACACCAAUGGCAAUGGCAUCAACGGGUUGCGCCCGUCUCCGCGCAAGCAAUCUCCCAUGCCCAUGCCGCCCGUCUCCUCGCCAUCCGUCACAGAGUCGCUGCACAACUCGGCCCCCCAAAGCGCACGGAGCGGGCCAACGCCGCCCUCAAACUCCACGUCCACACGCCCAGUCGAUCGCUUGCUCGAGCUUCGCCUAUGGCACCACUUCACGACGAGCACUUAUAGAACACUUCUCCACAACGUACCCGCUGCCGAUGAUAUUUGGAAGCUUGAAGUCCCGAAACUGGCCUUUGGCGGCAAGACCUACCUUGCCGACGCCAUCCUCGCCGUUUCAGCCCUGCACCUACGAUCUUUGAAUCCCGACGAUAAGAACCUCGUGCAAGCCUCCCAUGCCUACUCUGCGUCUGCCCUGGCCGACUACUGCUCUUCAUUGGCCGGUGGUAUCCAGGAUGAAAACGCAGAGGCGCUGUUCCUCACCGCGUGUCUCAUUGCUUUCCAGGCCACAGCUUCUCGCAUCUUUAUCAAGGAUGAUGGCGAAAUGACACCUAGCACUGGAAGAAACUCAUCUCGAUAUCCUCUGCCUCUAGCCUGGUUCCAUGCCUUUCAAGGUGUCAAGACCGUCGUCGCGACGUCGUGGCAGUGGAUUUUUAACAGUCCCACCGUUGUAGCCGUCAUCAACUCACAGCCUAGUUUUGCGCUCGACAUGAACCCUCUAGGCUCCAGUUCCUUUUUCGGCCACCUUCUCGAAGGUGUCGAGGACGAAGUAUCCUCAGAAGAUCCCAGUAUGAACAUGCUCUCUCAACAGGGGUACGUUCACGCCGUGUCCGUUCUCAACUGGGCGCAUCAAAAUCCUUAUCCGCCGGCAACGCUCGCCUUUCCGGCCGCCGUUUCCAAGCGAUUCGUCCAACUUGUCGAGGCCAAACGCCCACGCGCCCUCGCCAUUGUUGCAUGCUUCUUUGCGCUCUUGAAACGCAUGGACAACGUCUGGUGGUUGGGAGACGUCUCGAAGCGCGAAGUCAUGGGCCUUGUCAGCCUGUUUGAGCCCGGCUCCGGCUGGUGGCGGCAUCUCGAGUGGCCCGUCCGCAUCGCGCUCUGGGACGGCGACGCGAAUGCCAUUCCUGCCUCCGUAUGGGGGGCUGAGUGCGAAGAGGAGCCCACGGGCGAGUAUGGCUUAGUCGAGACGAUGAAAAACCAUGUCGAGCUGCUGGCGCGCAUGAGCCACGCCAUCCCUCAGUCACCGACUGCAGAUCUGACGGACAUUACUGGAGAACUGGGUUUCGCUGCUGUGCCCUUGGAUUAA